AUGGUGUCCUUAACUCUACCCGCUGUCUACCUGAGCCUGCUCCUCUUUCUGUGGUCCCACUCCCCUGUCUUCCCCUGUCAGAUUGGAAACUUUGCCCAGUGUGAGUCUGCUCCCUUCGUACCGGGCCAUAAUCUGGUGGGAGAGGGCUUUGAUGUGGUCACUCUACGACCGACAGGAUACUACAUGGUGGACGUGAAGACUUUCCUCACCCCGAAUCGCACCUGCAUGCUCUGCUCUAAUCGUCUACAAGACAACCGUCUGCAAAAACUGCCUGUUUCUGCAUUGGACUGGCGUGCAUUCACUCGAUGUGACACUAAUAUCGAUGGCAGUAUGCACACCUCUGUUAGCUCACUGAUGAACACCUACACCUCCCAGGACAGUAGCAACUGGCAGAUUGGUCUGAAUUUAUCAUCUGCCAAAAUGAAUGUUGGAGGAACACAGUCUAGUCUGUAUAACUUUGCUUCACGAAGGACCAGCGAGGACCGCUAUACCUUCAUCUCACACAGAGUUACCUGCAGCCAUUAUGGUUAUCGUGUGUCAAAUAGUCCCAGACUCAGCUCUGAGUUCAUUCAGGACUUGGCCAGGCUGCCAAGUGUCUACAACACCUUCUCCAAGUCCCUUUACAGAGACCUCAUCCACACUUAUGGCACACACUACAUCCGCCAGGUUUACCUUGGGGGGCGACUCAGACGUGUGACAGCUGCACGGACCUGUUUGUUCACUUUGAAUGGACUCUCCUCCAGUGAGGUCUACUCCUGUUUAUCUCUGGGCAUCUCUGUUGGUCUGGGUAAAGGGGAACCAUCUGGUAACCCGCCGUCCUGUAACAAAGUCCUGAAACAUGAAGGCCUCUCUGUGUCAUAUGGCUCCGGUCUUCAUCAACACCACACAGAAGUGGCAGGGGGGAGUGGCUGGCUUGGGGCAUUUUCACUCACCCAUAAUGAUUCAUUGGGCUUCACAGGCUGGUUAAAGACCCUGAAAGACCACCCUGAUGUUGUCUCAUACUCCCUUCAUCCAAUGUAUUACUUGGUACAAAAUGAAAAAAAGAGAUCAGGGAUGAAAGCUGCCAUAGAACAAUAUUUACUGGACCAUGCUAUGAAGUUACCUUCAGAGCCAAGCUGUUCCAGCUGCUGCCCCAGAAAGACCAGGACGGGGACACUGACAGUGACCAUAGUGAGAGGCUGGAAUCUGUACGGAGAUUUUAUGGGCACAACUGACAGCUAUGCUAAGAUGUGGUACGGCAACCAUGAUCGAAGAACUCACAUGAUCGAGUCAGACGACCCACAGUGGAAUGCCGGUUUUUCUCUGGGAAUGGUGGACACUGACUUAGAUUUAAUGGUCGAAGCUUGGGAUGAAGACCCGUCGUAUGAUGACAUUUUGGGUUCAUGUUCGAGAAGACUUCGCCAAGGGACACACAGUUUCUCCUGCUCAACCCUCAGUGGUGGCUUUGAGGUCCGGUACACUCUCACCUGUGACCGUUACCUGACUGGAGAGCUAUGUGAGCGUUAUAAACCAUCUCCAAACUAA